AUGAGACACAUCAGGACUUACAUCACUCGCCUAUGGAUUAGUGCACCAAAAGAUAGUGAUGGAAACACACAAAAAGACAAUGAGUUUGAGUCUACAGACCAACACCCGGAUGAUGAGGAUGAGGACCCGAGACUUACAUCGUGUGGUGUGGGCUCGUGGCGACCCCAGUGGCUACAGGUGUUCGCCAGGAUGACCGGAACUUAUUUUGUCGGAUCCAUGAGUACUCUGGAGAAGAGGUUUGCCUUCGACUCCAAGAUAUCGGGGUUUAUAUUAAUCGCCGAUAACUUCUCGCAAAUGCUGGUCAGUCCCAUCAUUGGCUACUUUGGCAGCCGUGUCAACAGACCGCGUAUGAUAGCAUCGGGUGAGCUCAUGCUAUCCCUGUCCUGUUUCAUGACAGCACUGCCCUACUUCAUAUACGGCGCCGGCACACACCUACUCCAUGAUGACAACCUACUGUCCAAAUUGGCCAGAAAUGAAACUCGAUAUGAGUUAUGUCCGGCCAAUCACUCGGACAUCGACUGUUCCGGUGGCAAACACUCCACUAUAUGGUUGGCCGUUGUGUUGCUAUGGAUGGGUAGUUUCCUGAGGGGACUGGGAUUCACGGCUUAUUUCGUGAUAGGAAUGCCAUAUAUUGACGAUAGUGUUAGCAAAAAGAAUUCACCAAUCUACAUUAGUGUCAUAACCGCACUCAGACUUAUAGGGCCGGCCUUGGGUUUCCUACUAUCGUCUUUAUCGCUCCGGUUUUAUGAAAACCCGUUUUAUGACCCUGGUGUAACUCGCCGAGACCCUCGUUUCAUAGGAGCAUGGUGGAUCGGAUUUACAGUGAUCGGGAUGUUAUUAUUGUUUGCGGCACUUCCCAUGUUCCUAUUCCCCAAACAGUUCAAAAAUGCUACCGUAAAGGCCAAGGAUCUUAAGGAAAAUGUCAAAGGCAUGAGAGGUACGGCACAGGCUAUCAAAAGAUUGGCACAGAAUCCUAUACUAAUGUUUCAUUUGGUGGGCAGUACUAUACGCUACAUAGGAAUCGGAGGCUUUUAUAUAUUCAAAACCAAAUACAUUGAGUCUCAAUACCGACAAACUAGUUCAGGUGCCAGUUUCAUAACCGGCUCUACAUCUAUAUUACCUAUGGCUACAGGUAUCAUAUUAGGCGGCGCUUUAAUCACACUCGUUAAGCCCCGACCCCGUACCCUGGUCAUAUAUAUGUUUUUAGUGGAGUUAGUAGGAAAUGGGGGCAUAUUCACGGGAAUGUUUAUGGGCUGUCCACCCAUGGAGUUACAGGAGACGCGAUAUGUUAAUAAUGAAUAUUCAAUGGUAUCAGGGUGCAAUCAAGCCUGCGAUUGUACUACUAGUGUAUUCACACCUAUUUGUGCGGCAGACAAGUCAACCACAUAUUUCUCGCCCUGUUUUGCGGGCUGUAAACAGUUGGACAGACAGACCAAUACAUUAAGUGACUGUUCGUGUAUUGGAGAGUAUGGGGGAACGGCAACCACUGGUUACUGUCAAAGUGACACUGAUAAAUGUGAUAAACUAUUCACGUAUUUAAUGAUUAUAACAUUGGGUGGACUCAUAUCAUCGACAGCCAGGACAGGCAACUAUUUAUUGACACUAAGGAGUGUCGACCCGAAGGAUAAGAGCUUUGCGAUGGGAAUGAUGUCCACAUUUAUGGCUGUAUUCGCGUUCAUUCCGUAUCCGUUAAUAUUCGGUGCGAUCACAGACUCGGCGUGUUUGGUAUGGGAGAAGACGUGUGGUAAGCAGGGUAACUGUUGGAUAUAUGACCAGGACAAGUUCAGCCCGCAAAACAGGGCGAGAAAUAUGUGGUUGACUUGUCUGCCGCACAAAUAG